AUGCCUCUCAAUUACUCCAAAUGGGACAUGCUCGAGCUCUCGGACGAUUCUGACAUAGAAGAGCACCCUAAUGUCGACAAGAAGAGCAUGAUCAGGUGGAAGCAACGCGACAUCCACGAGAAGCGCGAAGCUCGGCGCCUCCAAAUCCUCAAGCUCAAGUCUGAGCUCGCUCUCAACUCGGUCCUCCGGCCUCGGAUCCAAGCUGUCGCUUCUGGCGUAUCCUCAGGAGGGGCUGCGCACUUCCGAGCGGUUCAACGACGGCUGAAGGAGCAGCCCUCGCCCGAGAAGCCCAAUACCGGUGCCCCAAACCAACCUACCUACGACAUGAUGCUGGGCCAGCUCCUGGGCGAUACCUGGCGAGAAGCAGCCUGGGUCGUGGAGGGCUCCAAGGUCGAGGCGGGCGUGGUCAAGAAGGAUGGGAAGAAGGUGGAUGAGUCCACGGGCCAGCCUAAAUGGGCAGACGAACAUCUUCCGCCGGACGGCAAGGUGGAGAAGAUGGGAGCGGUGCUGGCUGAGCGGUUGGACUGGCAUCUGAAGGAACUGGCCAAGAGGGAUGGGGAGGUGGAGAAGGAGAUAGUGAAGGAGGAGGCGGAGCAAAAGAAGAAGAUCACGAGUGAGGAUAUGACGGAGGGGUUCAGCGCGACGAGCCAUGUGAAGGGGUCGGCACCGAGUCCUAUCGAGAACAAGGGGAUCAAGGAGCCAAAGAAGUCAAAGAAGAAAGAGGAGGUCAUUGAAGUGUUGAAUCCUGGAGCGGCCUCAUCAUCCAAAGCUGAAGACACCGAUGAGGAGGAUAUGCCCGAAUUCGGUCCUCUUUCACCCGCACAGCGCACCUUUGCUCAAAUACCUAUCGGCGAGUUCGACAAGUCGUAUGCCUUCAUCCAGAAAGACUCGUCGGUCUUGACAGAACGGACACACGACUCGCUUCUCGCCGAGGCAUUUGAGGCGGAACGGCGCGGAGACAAGAAGUUCGCCAAGCAAUGUGUGCACCAGGCUCUACUGGUCAAUUACUGCCGGCAAUUAGGGAGAGACGGUGUUGGACUUUUCUUCCAAAGAAUGAUCCAACGCAACCCCAAAUCCAUCACCAUGUUCAACCAGGACCUCGAACAAACCUACACCCGUAUCGCCACACGCACCGUCGAGAUGGCCGCCGAAUCAGCCGGCGAGGGACCCGAUGGCGAGCGAGAACAGAUCCAGCUCGUCGCCGAAGACCCAAAUAUGGAGAUCACCUUCAACCUCCCGGACGGCCCCCCACCCGAGACGAUCCGGAUUGAGGGGGAGGGCGCGGAGGAGAUGGAUAUGGAGGAGGUCAAGGCGUUUUUGCAGCGGAAGUGGGAGAUCUUUGGGGGGUUCCCGGAGCGGUUGAGGGUGGCGCUGAAGAGUGAAAAGCUGGAGCAGGUCAAUAAGGCGUUGGGGGCGAUGAAGGUCGCAGAGGCGGAGGAGAUCGUGGGGCUGAUGCAGGAGGGAGGGAUGUUGAGCUUUAGUGAGAGGGGGGUGAGGGAUAUGACUGCCAAGUCGUAG